GAGCUCCCCGCGGCGCUCCCGCCCCGCCCCGCGCCGCCCCGCGCCGCCCCGCGCUCGGUUCCCGCCCGGCCUCUGGCCCGCGGCACCAGGCCCUCGCUUUCCCGGUCCGGCCGGCAGCCCGCCGCGCGAGCACCAUGCUCUUCUACUCCUUCUUCAAGUCCCUUGUGGGCAAGGAUGUGGUCGUGGAACUCAAGAAUGACCUGAGCAUCUGUGGGACCCUCCAUUCUGUGGAUCAGUAUCUCAACAUCAAACUUACUGACAUCAGCGUCACAGACCCUGAGAAAUACCCUCACAUGUUAUCAGUGAAGAACUGCUUCAUCCGGGGCUCAGUGGUCCGCUAUGUGCAGUUGCCUGCAGAUGAGGUGGACACGCAGCUACUACAGGAUGCAGCGAGGAAGGAGGCCCUGCAGCAGAAACAGUGAUGCAGCGACUCCACCCCUUCCCUCUUCCAUUAGUGAUCCUUGACCUGGGGUCCCAGCCCAGGCCCCCUCCUUCAUACUUGAGAUGUUGUGUUUAUUGUUUUUCAAUAUUGAAGGCGCUUUUUUUUUUUUAAAAAAGGGGGUGGGGGGGAGAUGAGUAGAUGAGAGGACUAAUUAGUGGGGAGCAGCCAUCCUCGGUGAGAAGGGAAGGUACGUUGUCGGGGAACUGCAGUGUUCCUGGUCCCCAGCACCUGCCCUUCCUCCUUCCCCAGAGAUGCCGGGAGAACCUAGAUCUCUCCAGGGCGGCCUGUGACUCACUUGGGGAUGGAAGGGCUCUGUCCCGCAUCGGGAAUAAAGUGUUGGUGCACA